GCAGGGUCAGCACCACGGACAGCCCCAGCAUCCGGCCUCCCUCUCCCGAGCCAGAGCAGACUGGCGGUCCGACCGUUCUGGUCUGCGGACCUGCCGGGUCCCUGCCGACUGUUCGAGCAGUGGAGGACUCUCGCGGCUCCGACAGCGACCUGUACGCCCCAGCCUGCCGCUCACUUGAGUCCGCUGUCGCUUCCAGCGCAGGCCCCAGAGACGCGCCCCUCGGGGUCUCGCAACCCGCUGGACUCGAAGCCGCGGCCGUCAUCGCUCCACAGUCAGUGCCCGCUCCUCGCUGACGUCAGUCGGAGCUGUCCUGGCGCUAUAUAAGGCUGGCGGCGGUCCCGGGACAGACCCCGUGUUCCCCAAGGCACCCUCAGCCCGCCCCGAGGGACAGACUGGAGCUCCGUCCCGGGCUGUGCAGACGCUCUUCCCGCAACCCGGCCGGUGGCACCAUGAGGCUGGCCGGACGCGCGGCGCUGCUGGCGGCGUUGCUGCUCCUGGCACAGCUGCGCCGGGGGAGCAGCCAGUGGAGCCCGGAGGAGGCGGCGGCCAAGGUCCAGGACCCGAGUCUGCGCUGGAGCCCCGGGGCUCGGAACCAGGGCGGUGGAGCCCGCGCGCUCCUCUUGUUGUUGGCUGAGCGCUUGCCCCGCCGCCCGGGGACAGGCGGAUGGGGAUCCGGGACCUCAGGCGAGCGGCCGCGACGGGACGACCCUCCACUGUCCAUUGACCUCACCUUCCACCUGCUUCGGACCCUGCUGGAGAUGGCGCGGACUCAGAGCCAGAGGGAGCGCGCAGAGCAGAACCGCAUCCUAUUCGACUCGGUGGGCAAGUGACCAGCGGGGCCCGGAAACCUCGACCCCCACCCCCACCCCCGGGCUGGCACCUGCUCAGCCGGAACUGAUCCAGUCCCGCGGGGCUGGAGCGGCCCGGGAACCCCCUGAACCCUCCUGCAUUACUAGUUUUUAAUAAAAGUGCUGAAGAGCC